GCUGAGGGACACGAGGCCUUCUAAGCUUUCCUGUCUUCUUGCUCCCAGCCUCCAGUCUUCAGCUCGGCCAUGGCUCCCAAAGGCGGCUCCAAGCAGCAGUCCGAGGAGGACUUGCUCCUUCAGGAUUUCAGCCGCAACCUGUCAGCCAAAUCGUCGGCGCUGUUCUUCGGGAACGCGUUCAUCGUUUCUGCAAUCCCCAUCUGGUUGUAUUGGAGAAUAUGGCAUAUGGAUCUUAUCCAGUCUGCUGUUCUCUACAGUGUGAUGACGUUAGUAAGCACUUACUUGGUAGCCUUUGCAUACAAGAAUGUAAAAUUUGUUCUCAAGCACAAAGUAGCACAGAAGAGGGAGGAUGCUGUUUCCAAAGAAGUGACUCGAAAACUUUCUGAAGCCGAUAAUAGAAAGAUGUCCCGGAAGGAAAAAGAUGAAAGAAUCCUGUGGAAGAAGAAUGAAGUUGCCGAUUAUGAAGCCACAACAUUCUCCAUCUUCUAUAACAACACUCUGUUCCUGGUUCUGGUUAUUGUUGCUUCCUUCUUUAUACUGAAGAACUUCAACCCCACAGUGAACUACAUUUUGUCCAUAAGUGCUUCAUCCGGACUCAUCGCCCUCUUGUCUACUGGCUCCAAGUAGACCCUGUAGCUUGGCCCCCUGCCUCUGUAUUUGGGGUGGCCUGUGGUAUAUGGGAAAGCAUCAGGGUGGCCAUGUUGGGAGACACAUAAGAUGUUUUUAUAGUCUGGAGUUUGAGGGUUUAAAAAUGCAGUAGAAUGUAAUUCAGUGUUUGUUUAUUGGCUCUUUUUGACAGAUUGUUGAAAUUAAAUGAGUUGAAAGGGAAA